UUUGGCGGGAUGUGGUUAAAAUACGAACUUAGAACUUCUCCUAAUUUGCUCUACCAAAAAAGUCUGUAAUGAAUAACACAGCCGUAGAGAAGAAACGUCCACCGCCCGUGAAAGUGUUGUCCGGUCAGCUGAGGACGGCGCAGAAACGGGAGACCGCAGACGGCGGGGAUGGGGUUCUUAUCAAGCUGGGAAAGGGUCGCACUCUGCUGGUCUCACUGGUGUGGAUGCAGGGGACGGUGCUGGAGGUCCAGCUGGACAGAAACACCGUGCUGCUGAUGGAUGAGACGGGGACUUUUGCUGUUCAUGGUGUCAACAACAUCCCCAAAGGAAAACCGUGUUUGUCUCAAGGCAAAUAUGUCAUGGUGAUGGGUGUCAUUGUGGCCAUCUCCCCGGAGCCAGUCAUCCGCGCCGUGAAAAUGGCAGACCUCUCUGAGCUUUCUGCGCUUCACAGACGGAUGUGGAAGCUGGAGGUGGAGGAGCUGCAGCGGCUGUUGGUCUGAAUGUGGAGUAAAAAACCUGCUGCUGUCGAGUGUGCCCGUCUGUAUUUGAGGUAUAAAGCAUAAUUCUCAACUAAAGGGAAACCUCACAGGACUGAACAGAGGAUUUGCCUGGCUGGCACAGAAAUGUUAGCGUAGUAAUGAUGUAAAUAUGACAAGGACUCUUAUAUGAGAUAUCAGUAUCUAUGCUUUACUGUGUGAUGUUUAAAUAGCUCAUGUAUCCCACUUGAAAAGAUGUGCUGGAUUUACAGUUCUGAGAGUUUCCAACAGGUCACUGCAGAAGUGACCCUACUCUGAAAAUUCUUGACACAUGGUUAUCCAGCUGGAGGAAUAAGCUCUACAGUAAUCUUCCUUAAAUUAUUUCCCUCCAUAAUUAACUUGCUUUUGCUUGGGGAGAAAAGAAACACCAAGGGCAUGCUGUAUCUUUAACUUAUCUUACAAAAUGGCUCAUUAGAUUAUCAUCUGAAAUCAAUUAAGACAUGAUGCCAGAUGGUUUAACAAGUAUUUAAUAAAGGCAAUGCUGAUUUUCAAAAAUACUGAUGCUUUUCUUCACUAAAAUCUGGGAUAGCAGUUCAGAAAAGUGUUUGGUUUUUUGCCUGUGACAUUGAAAAGGGGUGAAAUUAAGUAUAUUUUCUGUUGUGCGCAAAGUUUGAAUUUAGGUUCUUAUGCUUCAUUUGAACUUAGUCAUUUCUUCUCCUGUAUGGCCAAAGGAAACUGCAUGUUGUUGAUCUUACACAGAGAUGGACUUAAAGCUCAUUCAUUGGGGAUUAGUAUCAAA